UGUUUGUUUUCGUUGUGUUUGUGUUGUAUUUGUAAUUUUUUGUAUACAUAAUUCAGUUUUUUUUAUAAUUCAGUUAUGUUAUCACUUUUCAAAGUUUUUUAGUUAUUGAAAUACACAAAAUGAACUUAAUAAAAUGGAAGUAAAACAAGAAUUCAGUGAGGAGAUAAUAUGUAAAGUAAAAAUAGAGUAUAAUGACUUAGGUGAUAGUGAUACCCUUGUAGAUGGCUUUAAAUGCGAAAUUAAGGAGGAAUUCAAUAGACAAAGUACACAUGGCACAUAUGAUUAUUUAGACUUAAAGGAAUAUCCUACAAAUACUGAACUACUCUUAUACCAAGAUAUAAAUAAACUGAACUCAUUUGGAGAAAAUAAAAAAACUGAAAAAGGUUUCACUCAAGAGGAGAAUAAAAUGAAAAUUAUGGAAACUAAUCGACACGCUGAAGGAAAAUCUGUAAAUAAAAAUAUAAAAGUUCAGACUAGACAGGGACCUUACAAAUGUGAAAUUUGUUUCAAACAGUUUUUUAAAAGACAUCAUUUGAAACAACAUAUAAGAACGCACACUGGAGAAAAACCUUACAAGUGUGAAGUUUGUUUUCAGCAGUUCAGUCAAGUAGGUCAUUUGAAAAAACAUUUGAGAGUGCACACAGGAGAAAAACCUCAUAAGUGUGAAAUCUGUUUUAAGCAGUUUAGUGAAGCAGAUAAUUUGAAAAUACAUUUGAGAUUGCACACUGGAGAAAAACCUUACAAGUGUGAAAUUUGUUUUAGCCUAUUUUCUCAUGCUAGUGCUCUGAAAUAUCACAUGAGAUCUCACACUGGAGAAAAUUCUUACAAGUGUGACAUUUGUUUUAAUCUAUUUUCUCAAGCUAGUGCUCUAAAAUAUCAUAUGAGAUUGCAUACUGGAGAAAAACCUUAUAAGUGUGAAAUUUGUUUGCGGCAGUUUAGUCUAGCAAGUAGUUUGAAAAAACAUUUAAGAGUACACACUGGAGAAAAACCUUACAAGUGUGAAAUCUGUUUGAAGGAGUUUAGUGAAGCAGAUACUUUAAAAAAACAUUUGAGAGUGCACACUGGAGAAAAACCUUACCAGUGUGAAAUCUGUUUUAAACUGUUUUCUAAAGCACAUAAUUUGAAAACACAUUUGAGAGUGCACACUGGAGAAAAACCUUACCAGUGUGAAACCUGUUUUAAGCAGUUUAGUGAAGCAGGUACUUUAAAAAAACAUUUGAGAGUACACACUGGAGAAAAACCUUACAAGUGUGAAAUCUGUUUUAAACAGUUUAGUGUAGCAGGUAAUUUGAAAAUACAUUUGAGAGUACACACUAGAGAAAAGAUUUGCCAAGUGUGAAAUUUUCUUUAACCUUCGGCCGGGCGUGCCUUAAAAAAUUACAACGUUGGGCGCGCAGCAGUAAUUUGCUGCCAUGCAGUUCCUUAUUAUUUUCGACAAUUUGUUUAUUAUUGAUUAACUGAAUCGUUAUUUAUUUUGUCAAAAAAUAAAAAAGCUUUAUUAAUUUAACUAAUUUUAAUAAAUUGUACAAAAAACUUUAAUUUAUUUGAUCAAUACUUAACACUUUACCUGGAAAAAUUGAGUUUGCCCACCAGAUUACUGCGGUGCGCCUGGCUGAGGGUGAAUUAGUUUACUCUAAUAACUGAGUAAAAAACAGUAUUUUUGUUUGUUUGUGGCUAUUAGGUCUUGUCCUUCCUUUACCCUCCCCCCACUACUGUUAUUUCAGAUUUUCUUUAUAUGUAUAUCAAUUAUGUAUUUAUACAUUGUUUAAUAAAAUAUAUAU